AUGAGCUAUUCGUCGGAUCCUCAUGCAAUGGACCAUCAGUCUGGAGUCAAAGGAUCAGAGGUCUUUGUUGGUGGCUUGGCUCCUACAAUAACUGAAGACAAGAUCCGUGAGGUAUUCUCUACUUGUGGGGAAAUUCUGGAAGUACGUUUGAUUAAGGACCCGAAAGGAAACUUAAAGGGAUUUUGCUUUGUACGUUUUGCAACGAAAGAGGCUGCUCAGAAAGCUGUGAAGGAAAAAUCUGGAUUAAUG